UUAGCAGGUUUUAUGCUUUUAAUUGGCGUGAAAGAGACAAAUCCUGAGUGAAGAGUAGUAAUUUAGGUACGAGAAGAAUUGUUUUUUCAGCUCAUCUCUCUCUCUUUCUCUCGGUGGAUGGUUGGGGAAAUGACGAACAAUGGAAGAAUCCGGCCAUCCUUUCCGGUGAAAGAUCUGACGAGUAAUGAAGGAUCUGAAUAUGGUCCUGUUGAGUUUACCAGAGAAGAUGUUGAAGCUCUUCUUCAUGAGCGAAUCAAGUACAAGAGCAAGUAUAAUUACAAGGAGAGAUGUGAGAAUACAAUGGACUAUGUAAAAAGGCUUAGGCUUUGCAUUAGAUGGUUUCAAGAACUCGAGUUAGAUUACGCUUUUGAGCAGGAGAAGUUGAAGAAUGCUAUGGAGAUGAACGAGAAGCAUUGUGCCGAUUUGGAGCUUAAUUUGAAAGUAAAGGAAGAGGAGCUGAAUCUGGUAAUCGACGAACUGAGGAAGAACUUUGCCUCUGUUCAGGUGCAACUUGCCAAAGAACAAACAGAGAAAUUGGCUGCAAAUGAAUCUCUUGGAAAAGAGAGAGAGGCAAGACUUUCUGUUGAAAGUUUGCAAGCUGCCCUCACAGAAGAGUUAGCAAAAACGCAAGGAGACCUUCAAACAGCUAACCAAAGGAUUCUUGCUGUCAAUGACAUGUACAAACUCUUGCAAGAGUAUAAUUCGAGCUUGCAGCUGUACAAUAGCAAACUCCAAGGUGAUAUUGAUGAAGCUCAUGAAAAUAUAAAGCGAGGAGAGAAAGAACGGACUGGCAUUGUAGAAAGUAUUGGUAAUUUAAAGGGUCAGUUUAAAGCACUGCAGGAUCAACUUGCUGCCUCUAAGGUGUCUCAAGAUGAUGUCAUGAAACAAAAAGAUGAAUUGGUGAAUGAAAUUGUAAGUCUCAAGGUUGAGAUUCAACAGGUCAAAGAUGACCGUGACCGCCAUAUAACAGAAAUUGAAAAUCUGCAAGCUGAAGCAACCAAGCAAAAUGACUUCAAAGACACCAUAAAUGAGCUUGAGAGUAAGUGUUCAGUUCAAAAUAAGGAAAUAGAAGUGUUGCAGGAUCAGUUAGUAGCUUCCGAGAGGAAACUACAGGUGGCUGACUUGUCUACUUUUGAGAAAAUGAACGAGUUUGAAGAGCAAAAAGAAAGCAUUAUGGAGCUUAAAGGUCGAUUAGAAGAAGCAGAACUUAAACUCAUCGAAGGAGAAAAACUACGAAAGAAGUUGCACAAUACCAUACAGGAAUUGAAGGGAAACAUCCGCGUAUUCUGCAGGGUUAGACCUCUAUUAUUGGGAGAGAAUUCUAGUGAGGAGGCCAAAACUAUAUCCUACCCUACAUCUCUAGAAUCUCUUGGUCGGGGCAUUGACUUGAUGCAAAAUGGGCAAACGCAUUGUUUCACAUUUGAUAAGGUUUUUGUACCAAGCGCAUCACAAGAAGAUGUUUUUGUAGAGAUUUCUCAACUUGUUCAGAGUGCUCUUGAUGGUUACAAGGUUUGCAUUUUCGCAUAUGGGCAGACUGGAUCUGGAAAAACUUAUACAAUGAUGGGUAGACCAGGAAACCCGGAGGAAAAAGGACUGAUUCCUCGAUGCUUGGAGCAAAUAUUUCAGACGAGGCAGUCUCUUCGAUCACAGGGUUGGAAGUAUGAAUUGCAGGUGUCUAUGUUGGAAAUAUACAACGAAACAAUUCGGGAUCUCUUGUCAACAAACAAGGAAGCUGUGAAAGCAGACAGUGGCGUUUCUCCUCAGAAAUAUGCAAUCAAACAUGAUGCUAGUGGGAACACACAUGUCGUGGAACUUACUGUUGUAGAUGUUCGAAGCUCAAAGCAGGUUUCUUUCCUCUUAGACCAUGCAGCUCGAAACAGGUCAGUAGGGAAGACCGCGAUGAACGAGCAAUCAUCGAGAAGCCAUUUCGUUUUCACAUUAAAGAUCUCUGGAUUCAAUGAGAGCACAGAGCAACAAGUACAAGGUGUCUUGAACCUGAUUGAUCUUGCGGGUAGUGAGCGUUUAUCAAAGAGUGGAUCAACCGGUGAUAGACUGAAAGAAACUCAAGCAAUCAACAAAAGCUUAUCAUCUCUAGGGGAUGUCAUAUUCGCCUUAGCGAAGAAAGAAGAUCACGUACCUUUCAGGAACUCAAAGCUCACUUAUCUUCUUCAGCCCUGUUUAGGUGGCGACUCGAAGACACUAAUGUUUGUGAACAUCACACCUGAACCUUCAUCAACCGGUGAGUCUUUGUGCUCCCUCAGAUUUGCAGCAAGAGUGAAUGCUUGUGAGAUAGGCACCGCACACCGUCAUGUUAACGCCAGGCCGUUGGAUUAUCGCUUGAGCCUUGGAUGAGAAUUUCUCCUGGGAAGCCAAACAAAGAAAGUUAUGUUUAUACCCAAAUGUGGUCAGUACUUGAUGUGGGUGCUAGAUCUGUAUAUAGCUUGUAUUAGCCUUAAGGGUCUGUUAUCUUUAACUCUUGUCUUGGAUCAGGAGGGUUUGUGUGUUGAAAAAUUCAUUAUGUUCUGAGUUCUCGAUUAGACAACUUAGAUAAGUUACAAACUAAACUAGUGUUCACUCUAAAAUUUCUAAAUUUUCGGUAUAAUAAUAAUGUAUAUAUAGAAAGAAGUUCGAUUUA